AUGAGGAAUGCUGAAAGUUAUGUUGAUGAACAAGUUGUACUUAUUGAUACUAAUAAUACUAUUAAUGAUGUUUGGUUAUUAACUACAACUGGUCAAAAUUUGGAAACUACGCUUCUGAGAAUAUUUAUCAAAUAUCCUGAUGAUUCUUGGUGCUGUUGUUAA